AUGGAGCCAUUAGCUGCUUGUAUUAGACAAAACCCUGGCAUCACAGGCUUCCAACUUAAAAAGAAGAACUACAAGAUUGCCCUUUUUGCAGACGAUGUUUUGUUGACUUUGACCAAGCCCCUGACCUCCCUUACUAUCCUUUAUGAUGUCUUGGACCGAUUUUCUGCCAUAUCGGGAUAUAAAAUAAAUAUGGACAAAAGUGAAGCAAUGGCAAUAGCAUUAUCACUCCAAACGAAAAAACGAAUUGAACUCAAUUUUGAAUUUUCUUGGGUUAAAUCAUAUGUCAAAUACUUGGGAAUUAAUUUGUCUACUCAAUUUAAGGACCUAUAUGGAGUCAAUUAUUUGCCAUUGUAUAAAGAUAUCCGUAAAGAUAUCGCAAAUUGGAAACACCUUAACUUUUCGUGGUAUGGCAGAAUUUCAGCUAUAAAAAUGAAUAUCCUCCUGAGACUACUAUAUCUGUUCAGGACCUUACCGAUAGCGGUUCCUAGGAGAGAUCUGGAGACAAUACAGUCAGAAUUUAUUCAUUUUAUUAAUAACAAAAAGCACUCCAGAAUCCCUUAUCAGAUAAUGACAAAACAUAGACAGCUAGGUGGGAUUGGAGUCCCUAACCUGACAGAUUACUAUAAUGCCUCUAGACUGGCUCAAACAGUGCUAAUGGGAUCCUCUAACCCUGAUAUAAUCUGGAUAGGGAUGGAAGCGGAUUUGGGAGAGGUUGACUCCCCAGAGGCUCUAAUAUGGGACACUUCUGUGUCGGUACAAGAAAUUCACAAUUACUCUCCAAUUACCGGCCACUCGGUGGAACACUGGAGAACCUUAAAUAAGAAAAAAAAACUGGUCCCAGAUAAUUCACUUAAGACACCACUCAGAUAUCUAAUCCCAAAGGAAUACAGGAAACAAUUAGACAAAUGGGAAAAGCCUCUUAUUAUUCUCCUUUGGACAUGGCCCUUUAAGAAUCCAUUCCCACUCAACCAGUGCCCUCAUCCCUUUGACGCAGCUGGUUGUUUCUACACAGUGGACCGUAAUUUAUAUGCCGAUGCCAAUGCUGUUAUUCUGCAUCACAGAAAUGUAUGUAGCUCUAGAGAACAGCUGCCCAAAAUGCAACGACCCUCUAAGCAAUAUUGGAUUUGGUUCAACUUAGAGUCUCCAUCUCGCAGCCCAAAUAUAUCAUUAAUGGAUAACCUCAUCAACCUCACCAUGACCUACCAGGCAGACUCUGAUAUCUUCACUCCUUAUGGAUGGCUGGAGAAGCAUGAUUCACAUAAAAAUUUUACAAUUCCUUUAAAGACUAAACUUGUAGCUUGGGUCGUUAGUAAUUGGAAUCCAAACUACCGGAGGACCAAAUUCUAUUUGGAGCUUAAAAAAUACAUCCAAAUUGACAUAUAUGGUCGUGGCAAGAUGUUGCUCCCUAGGAAUAAUCACACAAUGAUUCUUUCUACGUACAAAUUCUACCUGGCUUUUGAGAACAGUAUCCAUGAAGACUAUAUCACUGAAAAACUAUGGUAUAAUUCACUCCAUUCAGGAACUGUGCCAGUGGUAAUGGGACCUCCUCGUGCUAACUAUGAACGUUUUCUACACCCAGAUUCAUUUAUACAUGUAGAUGAUUUUCCCAGUCCUAAGGAAUUGGCUUCUUAUCUUUUGAAGCUGAACAAGGAUGAUAAAAGAUACCAUCAAUAUUUCAACUGGAGGUCUGAAUACAAGCCAGUAGGAAAGACAAGUUUUGAAAUCCAAUACUGUAAAGUAUGUAAAGCAUUAAAAGAUGCCCCUGUGUAUAGAACUAUUCCAAGUAUUGACAAGUGGUUCAAGUAA